UAAACCAUUAUAUGGCGUACGUAACGCUGCCCCGAGCUAACAAAAUUAUACAGAAUCAUGUUGGGUUUCUCGUCGGGCAGAACGUUUCUUCCUGUUGACGAAAUAUGUUUCAGUGUCCCAAUGUAAUCCUUAUCGUUAUCGUGGGAUACUUCGCCGUGAGUGGCAACGUUAUUCGCAAUGAAGACAUAUGCGGUCCUCACAAUGGGCGCAGACUUUACCUGGAGCUUGGUGAGCAGGGUGUCCUCUACGCGAAGAACAUCUCCUUCGUAAAGAAUGCACCGAGACAGCAAGUGUCUCGCGUCUACGUGACCAACAGUUCUCACGAUCAGUGUAGCUUAGAAUUGGUAACAUGUCCAUCGUGCGUCAUAACUGUCACUUUCAAAAACUUGGCGCUCUCGCACCAUUGCGGAGAUGGUGGCGUGAUGAUGGAUAGUCCAUGCAGAUGCGAUUACGUUUGGAUCUCAGAACCGCCUUACGAAGAUGUUUCGGGUACACCAUUUUGUGGUCUGUACGCACCGAUCACUUACAGAUCCAAUACGAGAACAUUGUCUAUUGCAUUAUUGUACAGUCAGUCCCAUAGUCACGCUUUUACUUUGGAAUACACAGCAGAGAGAAAUCGAUUGCAUCUAAGAGGAGCAGACAUGAUUACUAGAUCAACAACAACAAUGAAUAACACAGGUGGCGGGAUUUUAACGUCUCCAUUCUUUCCUGCACGUUAUCCAAGAGAUUUGGGAAUGGAAUAUAUAAUAACGUGUCCUUCGGAAGCUCCAUCUUGUCGUGUUAGAGUACUCUUCAGCGAUUUUCAACUUGCUACAGUUUCCAUAAUGGAGUUUUAUGAUUGGAAUGGGCAACGUUUAGACGUGAGCAGUGGCGCGAGAUUUCGACCACCCGUUAUAGUCAGUUCAGGACCGUCGCUUCUCAUUAGAUUUUACGCUAACGGUGGCACCGGCCUUGGCUACAAGGCUUUUUAUUCCUUCGUAAUUGGACACCUGUACGAUAAAUCGAUUCAGCCAAUAACUGACUGCGGUGGAUAUGUUGAAAAUUUAGGUGGCGCCAUAACAAUGCUUGAUAUGGUUGGACAGGGUGUGAAGACGUACGAUUGCGUGUGGCUGAUAAGACCGCCUAAAAACUUUCUACAUAUGAAGACACAUAUGUAUCUCAAAGUUGUGACUUUUGCCGAUAUGGCUGGCAAUACCGAACUUACUAUCAAGCAAGGACCAACCUCUGCUCUUUUACCUUUGGAAAUCUUGAGGCAUCCAGCCAGUCAGCUGCAACCACCACGAUUCAGGGAACACGUGGCUCCGGUUGCCAGUGGUUUUCAUGUUAGUUUAAGAGGAACAUUUGGUCCUACGUCUCGUCUCGCAAUAGCUUACGCUGCUUUCAGUUACAUGGACUGCUUCACGGGUUCGGAUUUUCUUUGUCAGAAUCACAGAUGCAUACCGAGUCAGUUGAAUUGCGAUGGAUUUGAUCACUGCGAUGACAACAGCGAUGAACCAGCAAGUUGUUUUCGAGAUUGGAACGUGGAACCGCAGGAUCGUAAAUGGCACAUGAACAAGGCGAAUUAUUAUUUCCCAAAAAUUGAUCGUUAUCCUGACCUAAAGACAGCUACUUUAGUAUUCGUCGCAAGUAGUCUGGGAUUGAUAGUUCUGAUAUCAGCUUUGAUUAUACUUCUUUAUAGAAUGGGCGCGAGAGCUAGACAACAAAGAGAAUUACAAUCGCGUUUACAAACAAUAAGUGAGCUUUUAGUAUUUGAUAUUGCAGAUGGAGCUAGAAUCGAUGAGAUAACAGUAUCCGAUGAUCCGCCGGUUUAUGAAGCUCCACCUGGUUACGACGAGGUUGUGAAAAUAAGUAUGGAGUCUGAAGAUGGUCGAGGAAAGAGAAGAAGUAGUCCAUGUCCAGAAUCACGUAGUAGAAGUUCCCCAAGUCCGUGCUCUGCUUCAUCAACUUCUGGAAAUGAUUUCGAGCCACAGCCUUCAACACUAUUAAUAGUUGAAAGUGCCAGUGCCAAUAGAAGUAGCCAGACAACACCGGUACAACACGAAUGCAGACAACCUGUACCAGAGAGUCCACCGCCUCCUUAUGUAACACCACCAGGAACUAUUUCUAGAAAUCUGCAAAUAUCUGGACUGACGUCACUGUCUCUACCAGGUAAAGAUGGUGUCAUAAAUAUCAGUAAACAAGGCACCAGAGCAAGACGAGCCUGGUUAAGAAGCUGCAGCGAAAUGUCGCGUUCUCCACUAAACGCGGAUGCACCGCCUCCUGGUGGACCAUCCAGCUCAAUGGAUGCUGAAGCACUCGGUGCGUAUCUCAAGGCGUACACGUCAAACUCAACUGAACCAUCUGCUCCACAGUCGAACAACUUGGACGAUGUUUCGAGAGACAUCAACUCAAAAUACAAAGUAGAACCAGGAGGUUCGCCAGAGCCAGGAACACCAGGGUGUCUCGACGAGGAUGAUAAGCUGAACUGCAACUGCGAGGGUGCUUGUGGGUGUGCGAACGACAAUACUUACGAAUCAAUUGGCGAGGUGAACGAGAGAUCAUCUGCAAAGCCAAGAUAUAACGAAAACGAACCGCUCUGCCCUAAAAGUGCAAUAAUCAAACUCCUAGGUAGCUCCAGGAACACGAAGUCUCCUCAAAGUACUAACUUGAAUUCAACAACAGUCUCAACAUCUUCGACACCCUAUGGUACCCUGGGUAGAUCCAUAGGACGACAUUGCUCGAGGAAGUUAUCCAUAUGUUCCAAGGACAGCUGCAUUACGAAAAUUUCGACUGUCAGCUCCAGUAAUAGUUACGAGAAGCUUCAAGAUAAUUUUGAGAUUGUUUCCGAAGCUGCUAGUGUCUUAGGAACUACUAAUCCCGGUACCAUGGUUAAUACGCCCAAUGGUACUCCGAAGGCCAGAGCUAGAAGGUCUCAUGAUGCUGAAAAUUAUUCCAAUUGCGACAUGGACAGCCUCUACGAGAACAUCAAGGUCCUUGAUUCCUUCUUGGCUAGACAAGGAAUGUCUGUUGUUCAUAACAGAAAUCAUUCUAUGGCUGUUAUGCUCUUCGGGACACCCGAGCACUCAGGACGUAGGACUCCUAAUCCUAAUUUCACCAAUCGCAACGAGGCACCUCGUUGCUCUAGCAGAUCCCGUAUUUGGCGCUCGAGCGACGACACCUGUGCUGAUUAAUUUGACAGUCGAUUACUGUAUGCACUACUGUGUUACUCACUGUACCACGGACGUCAUUGGUGACCAAGAGGACUACAGUGAUAUCCUCCUUGAGUGAAUGUUGCAUGUUUCCUGUGUUACCAAUUGACUGGCGAUACUGCCAGUAGAUUCGUGGGAAAAUAUUGCUUAAAGCGACAUUGAAUCAAUCGUGGGCUGUUAUUGACUGAGGUCAUAAGCAAUUCACAUUGCAUUGCAUCAGGGAGUCACAUCAAUUUUUAAGCAGAAAGCAUUUGGCGCAUAAGAUACUAAGAAGUACUAUAAUAAAUGACACAAGGAACAAGGUUAUGUAAUAUCUAGAACUAGUAGAAAUUGAAAAAUUUGACUUAUUAAAAUAAUAAAACUUCUUCACUCUUACCUUAUCCCUCUUUGCAGAAUUUUUUCUGGCAUUCUUUGAUGCCAGUGGAUCAGGAUAGGAAUAUAAAAAAGACAUUACUAGGUAAUAAUAACAAUUUAAUACAUUAUUGUAAAAACGUUUCCUUGCUUAUAAAUCGUUAAACUGCAAA